CAUGAAAAGAUAAACUAUAUUAUUGUAAAUAUUUUAAAUUGGAUAGGAAUGACUGAAAAUAAUGCAAUUCAACUUCUAUCAAUGAUUUGAACAGGCUAGGGUUUUGGUUAGGAAAAACACUCUGAUACCUAAAAAAUUAUUCGGAGUUAAAUUCUUUGUCAUUACCAUAUUGCUGGUUUAGCUUAGCGCAUGACCUUAGGUGGGAGAUAAGUCUGCUAGAUUCAUCUUUCUUAUUAAGGAAUUUUCUUUGAAGGCUGUGAUCUUAUGGAGCCUGACAGGUUAAAUUCCCCAACCACAUUUGAGAUGCCAUUGGAGGUUAUGGGCCAUGAGUUACAGUUUUCUCAGGAUCCCAAUUCCAAGCACUUAGGGACUACAGUAUGGGAUGCAUCACUUGUGUUUGUCAAGUUUCUUGAACGGAAUUGCAGAAAGGGAAAGUUUUCCCCAGCUAAACUUAAAGGAAAACGUGUAAUUGAACUAGGAGCUGGCUGUGGUGUUUCUGGUAUUGGCAUGGCUUUGUUGGGGUAUGAUGUUAUUGUGACAGACCAAAAGGAGGUUUUGCCAUUGUUACAGAGAAAUGUUGAGCGUAAUAUUUCAAGGAUCAUGCAAAAGAAUCCUGAGUCAUUUGGUUCGAUCAAGGUGGCUGAGCUUCAGUGGGGAGAUGAGAGUCACAUUAAGGCUGUUGGUCCUCCAUUUGACUACAUUAUUGGCACUGAUGUUGUUUAUGUAGAGCAUCUAUUGGAGCCUCUAUUACAGACAAUACUUGCUUUAUCUGGACCAAGGACUACAAUUAUGUUGGGCUAUGAGAUCCGCUCUACGAGCGUCCAUGAGAAGAUGCUUCAGAAGUGGAAAAGAAACUUUGAUGUCAAGACUGUCGCGAAGUCCAAGAUGGAUGAAACAUUUCAACAUCCAAGUAUUCAACUCUUCAUUAUGGGAUUCAAACAAUCUGCAGAGUGCACAGAGAACCCAGGUCAGGCAACUGUUGAAAAAGUUGAUGUGGAAACUGUUGUGGAGGAUAAAAGCAGGGAGGGAAAUGUUGUAGUAGAAGGAUCUGGUCUCGUUGAAGAAAAUGUUGAGGAUCACAGUAAGCCAAUCUCACAAAAUGCAAAGCUUAGUGAGUGGGAAGCCAGAAGGUAUGGAGCAAUGGCUGCAAGGAUUUUAAAAGAUGUAAAAAUAUCCUGAUUUUGAGAGUUGUUGGUCUGGGGGAUAUAUUGUCAUAGCAAAUACAUCAUGAUAGUCAUAUGCAUAUGCUUCAAGUAUGUUCGGUUCGGUUUAAUUUACCGAAACUAGAAAUUGUUUUUUGUUACAUUCUGAAAAGUAACACCCCCCACAAAAAAUACUAAACAUGCACUUUCACCUUUACAUGACCCACUUUUCUUUAUGACUUGCUGGAUUCCAAUCUCUGUUUAAGUGUAGGUGUAUCAAUGCUGAAGCAUUGACCUUAAGUUUGCCCGAACUAGAAAACAUUUGCAUGAUGCCUGGAUGCUGCACCAUGUAAUAUGGUUAUUCUUAUUAUGCAUGAUACAAGAGAUCUUCAGAACAUUUGUCAAGGGUUCUGCCUCCUUGAAAUAGAGUAACCAUCUUCUUUUUGCUUUGGAUGA